CUUUGGCAAAUUAUGAAUUCUAAAUAAUUUAAACAAAAGAUAAUAUACACAUUAAAAACGAAGAGAAAAUAAAAAAAAAACUAAAAUGUAAAAGCUUUUAAAUAAAAUUUUAUUACUUCUACAUUAAGUGGCUUUUUAAAAGUGCUGAAUAUGUUGAAGUUUUACUAUUGAAAGCAAAUACUUCAACUGUGCAAACACGAACAACAACAACACAAACACCAACAACAACAACAGCAACUGUCAUAACUGUUGGAUUGUUUUUUUUUUUAAAUAAACAAAACUGAGUUUCAAAUGUCAAGUGGAUAAACAGAGGAGCAUACAAGAGCUGACGCAUUAAAAGGGGGAUGGGACCCAAAAAAUGCGCUACAGCCGCUGAGCGACAGCAUCGACCAAGUACAACAACACAAAUUGCUAAAAAACGUCCUGGGAGUGCAUCAAACUCUCCAGCAUCAAGAAAAAUAACAGCUACGCCUAAGAAGAAUAUCGGUCGUACACCUUCCCCAAAAAAAGGUCAACAACAAUUGCAAUUGAAUAAGGAAAAAAGUAAAUCUGAUAAGGAAUUAGAGGAAAAGCGAGGUACACGCACACCUUCAAGAGAAAAGUUGAAAAAAGUUACACAAAGCGUCGACGAGUCUUCAAAGCCGGUAAUUGCAAGUUCUUCAGGCACUAACUCUAAAACUAAAGCUGAUACAAAACAACCAGAAACAAAAAAUGAAAAAAAGAAGGCAAUUAGUAAAAUGCUUAAAAGUCUUGAUAUCAAAAUAAGUGGUUUCGAUAAUUUACUGCCGAAAGAGGAACGUAUGAGUGAUGGUCUAAAGUCAUCCAUUUCGGAAAAUGUUAAGACUAAAUCUCGAGCAGCUGCAGUUAAAGUUAUAACAGGUUUAAGUCCUUUAAAGUUACAUGAGAAGAAAGUGCGAGAAAAAUUAAAAAAAAUUCAUAAGGUUUCACUAAAAGAAAAAACUAAAACUAAAACUAAUAUGAAUACUCAAAAAGAAUCUCAAGAAACUAAAAAUUCUAAAUCUGCCGAAUCCAGUAAAAAAGAAUCUCCAAUGUCGGCUAAUACGGCAGAUACGAAAAAGAAGUUGGGUGCGAAGAAUAUGAAAACAAAUAAAUUAGAACAGGUCAAGAAGGCUGUUAGCAAAACAGAAGAAAGUCUAAACUUCAAGAAAGUAUUGGAUAAAAAAUCAAAUGUAACAAGAGAACUAAAUGAUCCAAAAAAGAAAGUCACUAAAGUAGCAACAAAAAUUAAUAAAAAGAUUGAUGAAACUAAAUCGCAGAAGGAAGAACAGAAAGCUGAAAAUUUAAGUCUAAAAGUAGAGGAUAAAUCAUUAGCAAAAGCUGAUGAAAAAGAAGAUAAGUCUUCAUCAAAAAGUGUUGAUGUGGCGAAAACUAGUAAUGAAAAUAAGGAGAAAUCUGACAACCAUGCUAACAAAACUAAAACAUUAGAAAUGUCUCCUAAGAAGGGAGCAUCGCCGAAAAUUCUAAGUCCAAAGAAUAUAGGGAAGUGCAAUAUAAAUAGCAAAGAUAUGGAAAAGGAAGAGGUAUUAAGCAUUGUGUUAGAUUCAAACACAGAAGUGGUGCGUAUGGAUAUUGAAGAGUUUCCAGAAAGGCUAGAAACAAAAAGCUUGUCAAAGCAAGUAGAACAGUGCAAUGAUAGUUCAGCAGAAAACACUAGUAGCGAAAUUAAGGAAAAAGAAAAGUGCUCAGAUAAAGGCAAUACUACUACAUCAGAUAAAGAUGGAAAAAAGAAGAUGUGUCAAUUCGAUGAUGAAAAACUUAGUAAUAAUAAAACUGAAACACGCAUUAAGAAAAAUGCAGAUACUGAUGAUACAGCAAAAGUUGAGGGAGUUUCUAAAGUUGAAGAGACAGCUAGUACUAUAAGUAAAACUGAAUCCGCUUCAUGCGAAAAUAAUCCUGAGAACAAAGAUAAAACCCCAACUAUUAAGAAUAGAUUUCAACAUAAAUUUAAAACUGAUCACAUAAACAAAAUGAAAAUAUUGAAAACAUUAAAAAAAUCUAAAACAAAUAAUGAAACAGUACAAAAAAUAGAAAAUAAAGUAAAAAGUGAAACAAAAAGUGGAGAACUGAAAGAUGUCUAUGAUUUCAAUUCAGGUUCUGAAGAGGAAGAUAAUAUAAAAAUGGAAUUACCUAUUCUAAAAGAUCUAAGAGACUUUUCUGAUGAUGAUAAUAAACCACUUAAAAUGCAUCUCAAGGAAGAAGUAACUAAAGCAGCUAAAACAGAUAACACAAACAAAGAUACAUCCAGUAUAAAAAAUAAAUCUGAUACCAGUGAACUAAAAGAUGAAAUUGAAAGUUCAAAACCUAAUAACAAGUCCCUAGAAACCGAAAAAAAGACUACUGAAACUAAAAAAUCAAGUUUAAAUCCUAAAACUAAAAUUGUUCCAAAAAAAUUGGAGCAAAAAAUGAAAACAGUCACUAAAAAAUCUGUGAUUUCCGUAAAGAAAAAAUCUGCUGUUAUGAAUAAGAAAGCUAUUAAAAAAAUUGGUAAAGGAGCAAAAAAAGCGAUUUUAAUAAAAAGUGCUUCCUCUGCACAAAGCAGUGACUCCGAAGAUGAGAAGAAAUUAAUAACCUUUGGGCAAAAACGUCAUCGUAUGGCUUCCCUAAAUGCUUUAGCUAAAGUACAAUGCUUAUAUGAAAAUGAAUCUCGUACAGCUUAUGAACUAGGUCUAUCGAAAGCCACACAGUUGCCUCCAAAAAUACGCACAGUUGAUGGUACUGAUGACGAAAAGGAAAAGGAAAAAGAGAAAGAAAAAGAUAAGGAUAAAGAUAAAGAAAAAAUUAAAGAAGAAAAAAUAAAAACAAAAACUGAUGAAAAGUCAAAGAAGGAUAAUAAAACUGAACAGCCAACUAAGUCAAAACAAAAUGAAAAAGAAUCUGAAGAUGAACCCGAAGUGGAACCGAAGCGUGCAAUACGUACUGUAGCAGGCGGUCGUGGAUUCGGUAAGCAUUGGGAGUUUGAUAGUGACAGUGAAAAUGAUGAAUUUGAACGAAUUAAAUUAAAGAAAAAAAAAUUGCAAAAGAAAGCACAAAUUAAGAAAGAAAUUGAAAAGGAGAAGAAUAUACAAAAAGAAAAAGAACAAAAAACUCAAGAAACGGACGAUAACAAAGAUAAAAAGGAAAAGGAGACAAAAAAAGAAACUAUACGAGUUAAACGUAAAUAUACAAAAAUUAAGAAACCCCUCAAGAAAAUGAUUAAAUUACAAACAGGUACUUCCGACGAUGGUAAUUCCGAAUCCAGUGAACAUGAGCACAAUACAAAGGAAAAAGAAAAAGAUAAGGAGAAAGAUAAGGAUAAGGAUAAGGAUAAAAAUAAAGAAGUUGAAAAAGAUAAAAUUAAACAAAAUAAAAAUAAAGUAGAAAUAAAAAAACCGCCUAAAAAGAGAAAGCGUAUUUUUAAAGAAGAUCUCAUAGGGGACUAUAAAGGAAUUCUAGCACGUAAGCGUAUGGCUAGUUUAAAUGCGAGUGCAAUUGUUGCUGCCACAUAUGAAGUGGAGCGACAUCUUGAUAAAAAUUUAGCCUAUUGCAGCAGCUAUGAGAGUUACGAUGAAACUGAUAAAACUACACAUGCUAAAAAAACAAAAGAGACUGCAAAAGAAACUAAAAAGGCUUCCACUGCCAUUGAUGUCGGUACAAAAGAUAGUGCUUCCGAUUCAGUUAAGGAUUUGAAGACUCAUAAUAUAAAUGAAGAAAGUAAUGAUUCAAAAUAUUCAAAGGAAACCAAAGAAACUAAUACAGAUACUACAACAACAGCUGGUUUUCGUGAUUCUAGCAGCACAAAAGAUGGCAAGGAAUCUAGUCGUCCUACAUCUUCGAGUGUGGUUAUUGUGCAGGAUACGGAUGUUACCAUAACGGGUGUUUAUGUCAAUUCUACGACUGGCUCAAGUCAAGAAUCCUACUGCAAAAUGCAAUAUAGAGUGCAAUCUAGUGUUACUGAAGAACGUGUGCUUAGACCCAGUUCAGUUGAACCACCAAAAUCAUAUACGCCAUUAAGUGCGCUAUCGAGUAUGUUGCCGCCGGGUGCUAGUACUGGAAGCUCUCUCGGUGAUGCUCAUACAUCACCUCCACCACCACCAACGGUCAGCGCCGGUGCUUUAAAUGAUCCAAUUAGUGCAAGUAUUUAUCAUGCUACCGAAUUAGGCAUACAUACUGAGCACGCUCCACCUGACCAUGGUGCUCCACCACCAUCGUAUGCAGCAGCUGUAUAUCAUGCACAUCACAUGGCUCCAACAGCAGCCGGUUUGCAUCAUCACCAAUACGCACAUUCGCAUACGCAUCAAUAUCAACAGGCUAAUGAACAUGCUCUACAUGGUCAUGGACCACCUCCACCGCCACCACAUCACUAUCAGGCGCCACCACAUUAUCCACCACAACAGCCCCAACAAACAGGGCCUUCAACGCAACAAACCGCACCACAUUCAACACUUUCCAUGACAGCCGGCAGUGGCACAAGUGCAUUCUGUGCACCUAACAUACAUCAUCAACAGCAACAACAACAAUCACUAACUGCAACACAGCAAAAUCAACAAACGCAACAGCAACAUGACUCAAGUGGCUAUUAUCAACCUGCUGGCCCAUUGAUCUCACCGCACGUAUUACCACCAGUUGCAGUUGCACCACCCUUACCGCCACCCCCUAAUGUGCCACAUUUAUCAAGCAGCUCCACUAAGAAACAACAAAUACCUACACCACUUGGUUCCGAUCCGGAACAUUUACCACCACAAUCAGGAACAAGUGCAGAUAGUGCAGAUGGUGAUGUACUUAUAACAGGCGGAGAUUUGACACCAUUCCGUUAUCCUCCACCACAAAGCGGAAGUUCGAGUGGUACAACUACCACUUCGCAUCAUCAAACAUCAGCAGCACAAUCCCAACAUCAACAACAACAAUGCGACAACCUUUUGCGUUACUUUCAAGGUUCGCAACGUCCUAUGCAUGCGCAAAUGCACUAUUCAACAGCAUAUCCGCCUAACUAUUACUCACCAUAUCCGGGUGAGGCGAUGUGCUACUCUCCGCCUGCUUAUCAAACCUAUUUCCCAAGUAAAGUUUAUCAGAGUGCACCGCCACCACCACCUCCUUCAGCAUAUCGGCGUUAUACAUUUUAUCAACCCGGACCACCGCAUCCGCCUUCCGUUGAAUUAUACGACCAAGCACCCCCUCCUCCCUCGGCUAGUAGUGGUCAGGCCGGCCCUCCACCAACACAGCCACCACCACCACCUACAGGGACACAGCUAGUACCGGCUGGACCGGCUGCACAUACACAGCAUUUGGAGCAUUAUCCAGGACCGCCGGGUUAUUAUACCAGCUAUAGUCCUGGAGGCGGUGCUACAGGACAGUGUUAUACUAGAAGUAUACAGGGACCUUAUAUGGAAUAUCCUCAAUGUCCAUGCCCAAUGCCACAAUCGUGUCCAAAAAACGUCAAUACUGGGCCUCAUACUGGUAGCAACAAGAGCGGCAACAACCUCAGCAGCAGCAACAACGGCAGUGCGCUGACGAGCAACGAAAAGAACAACAGCAACAACAAGAUUAUGAACAUCAGCAAAAUGAGCAACAACAACAACAAUACUUCAAUGAAUCAGAAGAACGUCAACGACCAGCUCAACAAUAUAAUUGUGAAUGGCAACAGCAAGAAGAUCAGCAAUACAAUUACGAUUAAUAAUAAUAGCAGCAACCAUCAAAAUUGUUCGUCAAAUGUCAACAACAACACCAACAACAAUGGCAUAAGCAAUGACAUUACGUUGAGUACCGGUAGAGGCCCAGUUAAAAAUAUAAUCCCAUCUGCAGUAACGAAUACAAUAGCUACAACACAAGCUACAUUAAAUAUUGAGCAGCUGAAACAGCAUGACAACACAAUUGAAGUGCUCGACGAGCACCAUUUGGACUUACUGCAAUCCGUGAAAUCUGAACUGAACACAGAUGAUUCAGAUAAUAAAAGCCAAUAUGAAGAGAACGUGGUACAGCCACCGACACCGCCUGAAAGUUAUGGCACUAAUGAUGAAAAACUUUUAGAGCCCUUUGAAAAGGAUGUUGUAACGACAAUUUCAUUAGAAGAACGCUUGGAAGAGGCUAUAGAUAAAUUGCCAAUAGGCAAUAAAAAUACUGAUAAUAUAACAGGCAAUAUUGAGGCUUAUGAUCUAACAACAACAACUAGAACGACAACUUUAACAGCGACAACAGCACCUCCAACUGUGACAGCAAACCCUAUGCCAAUAGUCCAGCAACAAUUACCGCUUAUAGGACGUAAAGCACGCAUUGGCAAAUCAAUGGCCAGAGAAAUGGUCUAUGCUGGAGUUGCUGCACAGCAGCCAGCACUGCAUGUACGUGCAUUAGCAAAUCAACAUUCUGCUGCAGCAGCAUCUACACCAAAUGUUGUGAGCACAUAUGCACGUUCAACAAAUCCACCAAACCUGACACAAGUGCCGAUUUUAUCUGCUAGUCAAACUCAAGCUGCAACCAAAUGUAAUGCUGGAAAUGCUAGUCCCCUAACAACCUCACAAGCGCCUCUAGUAUUAAAAGCUGAAAUAAAAACUGAGAAAAUCAAAAUAGAAGAAGAAGACCUAGAAGCAAUACUACAACAACCAAUACAGUUAACUCAGAAUGCGCCAGAACUAAAGAUCAAGGAAGAACCAAUUACUGACAGUGAAGUUACAAAUGCCAGUGAACAAACAGUUACAAAAAAUGGACUCUCUGAGUGUGUAUUGCAGACAAACAGCUCUUCAGAGGAAGUAGUUCCAACAAUUGUUCCCAGACCAGCAGGUCGCAUGCGCUUACUGCCAAGCUUGCAGCAUCCCCCAACAAUAAAUUGUGACGUUGAUCUCUCUACCACAUCUGAUGAUGAUGUGUUAGAUUUGUGUCAUAGCCCUUUGAAUUCAAUCGGCAAUGGUCACAAGCGUAUAAAAAUAUUGGAAUUCAAUAAAAAUCAAUGUAAGAAGUCUCCACCUAACAGCUAUAAGAACCUUAUCAAACAAGCUAAACCCAGAACUUACCUCUGUCUAAGCCGCAAAGCAGAUAAACGCCAUCGAUAUGGCAAAUUACAAGGCAGGUUUUCGAAAACUAGCUCAGGGAAUAUCAAUGUUAAACGAAGACAACUAAUACUAACUGAACAACAGAAACAGAGGUUAUUAUUGCGUAAGAAAAAAUUAAAGGCACUAGAGAGAUGCAAAGAAGAAGCGAGAGAGAAGAAACGAGAAGCUGCAAGACAAAAACGUUUGGAACGUAAGAAAGCUACUGAAGCAGCAUUACAGGCUGUUGUCAAAGAGGAAAUUGCAGAAGAAGUUGAAACUGACAGUGAUGUCAUAAUUAAUCUGACAACGGAACAUGUAGAUAGGGCUAUUAAUCAAGGAUCAGUUGAAAAUGUUGCACCGACGCUGUCCAUUUCACAACAACUUAAACUGAAAUGCCUAUCACAGCAGUCACCCACAACAUCACCAAAACGCUCAAAACUAAAAAAACCUAUUGUACAGUCACAUGUGAACGAUACUAUAGAUGCUGUAGCACGAGGUUAUUUUUCAGAACCUGAAACAAGAGUCAUCAAUAAUAGUAGAAUUUGCACUGCUGACGAUUAUGGCGAUGAUACGAAAGUUGCAACUGAACGCAAGCAGAAGAAAACCAAAAAAUCAAACACAGAGAAACGUUCCAAAUCGGAAACUAAGAAACCACUUAAGAAAAGACUAAUUGCCGCUGAAUUAAUUGGAUUUGAAAUUUCAAAGAUGCAGCAAACACCUAAUGGUAUUCACGACUCUGCAGGUGUAGGGAACAUCGAUGUACAAUUGAACAACUCUCACGUUGGAUUCGGGACAAAAAGCACAGACGGCAGUUCAAUAGAUUCAAUAAAUUGCUUGGAAUCAAAGAAAAAACAAACAAAAACUGUCUCAAAGUCAAAACAAAUAACAAAAGUAAAAGCAACCAAAAUCAAAAAUGAAACAAAAUCAAAAAAAUUAGGUUUGAAUAAUACGUCAACAAGCACAAAAUCAAGAAAAUUAAAAAAGCAAACGAAUAAAAAAUCAAAAAAUUCGAAUGUUGUUCAGUUGAAAGAGACAGCACUAUCACCACUCUCACCACCAUCACCAGUGAUAACCAAUAUCAAUUCCACAUACACUAAUUCACAAUUAUCCAGUACAGAUGUUAGUAAUAUUGUACAUGACAAUACUGAGAGUUCUUCCACUCCCGAUUUGGUAAUGACAAAUGCAGAAGAUAUGCAAUUGCAUGAAACGAAUAACAAUGAAUAUGUAAAAACACCCACUAUUGAACAACAAGCUAAAAACCAAGAUAAUAAUUUGGCAUUGGAAGAAGAAGCUGAAAUGGAACAGGUACCCGAAAAUAGGCUUGAUGUGGAUACACCAUCUACAACCCCAAAACCAAAUGUAGAUGUUGUGUCAACGCAUGCAGUCAUUUCCACGACAACAACAGCAGCAACAGCACCACAACUCUCUUUACAUUCCGAUACAUCUGUAUUCCUACCACCUGCGCCACCCAUGACAAGAGUAAUUUGUCAGCAUGUUGCAACAAAGCGAUCACGUUCACGUUCCAAAUUCGGUGUACGUAAACGCCCGAAACUGAGGCAUUCCACAGUUUCAUUUGAAUUAGAUGAUACCCUACCACCGGCAACGCGCGGUGAUGUUGUACCUAAAUGGAAUAAUGGUUGGACUUGGGAAGGUGAACCCUUUCAGGGUGCUGUGUUUUUAAAUAGUGAUGAUCCACAUGUUAUCCGCACUUGUUAUCCUGCUAUGCGUCAUUCUGAAGGUGAUAUCAUACGUACCAGAGACUGUGUAUUGCUUAAAGCAAAUGAAGAAAAUGAAUUGCCAUAUGUGGCUAAGGUAGCACAUUUAUGGGAGAAUCCAGAAGAUGGCGAAAUGAUGAUGUCUCUGUUAUGGUACUAUCGACCGGAACAUACUGAACAAGGUCGUCAAUAUAAUGAUAGCCCUGAAGAAGUAUAUGCUUCACGACAUCGUGAUCAUAACUCAGUUGCAUGCAUUGAAGAUAAAUGUUACGUACUUACAUUUAGCGAAUACUGCAGGUACCGUCGUCGAUUACGUGCCACUGAAGAGGAAAUGGAAGAUAUAUCAAUUGUACCAAAACGCCCAAAUUAUUACAGUACACCAACGGUGCCUGACAACACCAGUCCGGAAUUAGUUAUGUUCUGUCGUCGGGCCUAUGAGUUUCGUAUGAAACGGCUGCUAAAAACACCUAGCAAACAAGAUUAUAUUGUAGUCAGAACCUAAGAAAAUCACUACUAUCUUCUCUAUAAAAUAUAAUAGGAAGAUUAAGAUAUAAUAGGAAUUAAGAAAAUAACAACUAUUAUAGAAAAUCCUUAAAUAAUCACCUAAUUUAAAAGGUGUUAAGUUAUUAAAUUAAAAAAUAUAAAAAACAAUUCUAACAAGUACACAAGUAUAUACACAAAGAAAAUUAAGUAUU